AUGUCUACUUCAUUUGAGCAAACUCUAGAUACUUUAGCUGACGAAUACAGCUUAAUAAAAUAUAAUAUUUCAGGAGUCACAUACGAUUUUUAUUUCGAAGUUGAAUUCGACGUAAACGAACAUGAACUUUGCAUUAUUAAUCUCAAAGUUAAGGUUAAUCCUAGUUGUAGGCGAGAAAUAGGGGAUUUCAUAGAAAGUGUAGAGCUUGCCAGAAAUUUACACGCAUUUUUUAAAGGAUUCAUUGAAUAUGCGCGACUUAAUCAUCAACGCACAUUAUUAUUUAACGCGUUGAGAGAAAAAUAUUCGCGUUUAACAAAUUCACUACAACGAAAUUAUUUAAAAUCAAAAGAUACGAAAGCAAAUUUUGUUGGCACAAAUUCAAUAUUAAAAUUUUCGGAUAACUGUCAAAAAAUUAGUCCUGAACUAAUUCUUCUUUGGAAUUUAAAUAUCACACCAUCUGGUCACGUUCAACCUGAUGUCCAGUUAUUUGCUCAAAUGCCUAGGAGAAAAUUAGACGAAUAUCAAUUGAUUGAUCAAAUUCCUCAUAUUUUUCAUAAACUCGUGGAACUUAAGGGAGUUCAAAUUGCUGUCGAAAUUUCUAUUCAGAGUAUCUUUGGGAUUGAGAUAUAA